GCCGACCCACAGCGUCUUCGUCGCUCGUUGCGCGAGCAAUGCGUAAACGGCGCUCCCUUUUCUCUUCCAGAGAGACACAGCACAGCUGCGUCCAGACAGAGCCGCGGACCACGAGGGAGGCGGGGGUCCAGGGGCGCCGCUGUUGCGACGCAGAGGUCCAAGCGUCGCCGCAAGCCAUGCCGACCGUGGAGCCCAGGGCAUAUGAUUGGCCGUCCCUUGCAACGUUCAUGCGGCAGGCCUACCCAAAGAUGUUGCAGGAGCUCGAGAAAUCAUCGCGCAGCAGCGCCUUUCGUGGCUACAGGCUGCUGGCCGACACUUGCGAAGGCAGUGCGUCCCGGCUCUACUGCAACAUGACGUUGCCCCGAGAGCUUGUCUGCACUGGCUCUUCAUGGAAUGCCACUGGCUCCGUCAUAGCCAUUUCGUGUGGAGUUGCCAAUCACGAUGAGUGGUGCACACACGAAGCCGGGGUGUUUCUCUGGAAUCCCCACCGCUCACACACUUUCAACCAGACCGGCGGUUUCCUCCCCACGGACACCUGCGUCACCUCCGUCGCUUUUCACCCACAAAGGGCGUCAGUUUUGGUUGCAGGCACAGUGCACGGAGACAUCAUGAUCUGGGACAUGCAGAAUACAAGUGACCAGUGGGCUUCAUCCCCAAAUGUCAUGCAUGACAAUCACCGAGAUUUGGUGAAAUGCGUUGAGUGGAUCGGAAACACUGAAGAUUCGAACUUUCUGCUAAGCUGUGGUUUAGACGGCAUGGUUAUCCAAUGGAGACAUGAUACUCGAAAGAGCAACCUUGAAGUCGUCAACUACUUCUUACUGCUAGCAGAAAACGUACGACUCCACAAGCAGGUUCCAAGCGGAGGAAGCGGAACACAUGUCGGAGUGACGUCACUUGCCAAGAACCAUUUCGACGACGCCGUCUUCGUGAUGGGAACUGAAGGAGGCGGAGUUCUCCAAGGGUCGCUCAGUCUUUCGCGGCCGAUAGCAUCCCUAGUCGUGGGCCACGGAUCGCUAGAGCGCACCUACAGCUGUCCAGUCGUGGCACGAUUCCCUCCCCACCGUGGUCACACACUCGACGUCCACUCGUCUCCCUUCGAGAGGAAUGUGUUUGCGUCAGGCGGCAUGGACAGAGAAGUCAAAGUGUUCAGCUUGCUGCAGCUGGAGCCCGUGCUGACCAUUCCACUUCCAGAGGCGGCCAUUAGGGUCCGUUGGUCUCCUUCGCAGCCGACUCUGCUAGCGGCGCUUCAGGGCGACGGCCGCCUUGACUUCUACGACCUGCGUCGCACCACAGCUCCCGUGGCGGAGUUUCCACUGAGCGCUGAACGUGGCGCUGGCACUAGCCUCGAGUACUGCGCGCGCAGCCCAGACCUGGUCUUCGUCAGUCGCGGGCCCGGCAACACGCAAGUCUGGCAGCUGGGUUCCAAGUUGGUGGCGGCAGGCGAAGUAAACCAGAGCGACCUCAUCAGGGAUGUGGCCAAUGGCACGUUUGCAUCCGAGUAGCCCGCACUCCUCGGGUCGAUAGCCAACAUCCAACAUUGGCUACGUCCAGUGAACUUUGUUCGCUCACGGAAACGAGAGUGGAGGUGCACCUUUCAUCGGGAUUGACGUUUCAUUGAGAACGACAUGAAAGAAGGAAGUACACGGAUGAUCCUUCACAUUCGCCCCACACGCGGCUAGAAAAAUAUUUCGAAAGAAAGGGCUCCCAACUAAUGGAAUGAACUGCACUGGGCCCCAGAUGACGUCGUGGCUGUAUGCGUUUAGGGUGCCUCAAUCAUUGAGGCGCCUUAUAUGCGUUGCUCGUUGCAGCUACGAAGGGCAUCGUCACAAUGUCGCAAAGGAGGCCUGCGACGAAGCGAGUUUCAUGGAAAUAUAUUCCAAGUUUACAUGCGCUAACGUUCACGAGCCAAAGCUUUGAAAACUCGUGGUUUACGCGUGUGUGAUAUAAGAUUUAAUAAGCUUUGCUCCGUUAACUAAAGCUACGGAAUUAGUUAAGUUAAACUCUUAAUAAAAGUAAAGAAGUUAA